UUCCCAUUACCCACUAUACUUGCCUCGUAUGUUCACUCUCUUUUACUCUCAUAACGGGGCCUUUUUUGUUUUUUCUUUCGUUUUUGUUGAUGAUUAUGCUGAGAGAUGUACCUAUCGCGCUGUCGUAACGUAGAUAGCUAACAAACGACUGAAAAACACAGCGGCACAAUGUUGUUUGAUUUUUGAGCGGCUUUUGCUUGCCUGCCUGCUGGCUUGUGCGUUAUUUGUUGCAUUUUGAACAAUUUCUAUUUUAUUAAUAAUUUUGUUGUGAUUGCGCGCACACACAAAUUACGCGAACGCGGAAAGAGGCGCUCUGUAUUUUCGAAAAUAUUAAUAAAGUGCGGAAUACCAACACGGUGUGUGACGAGUGAGUUGUUAUUGUGUAUGGUGUGUAAAGAGGAGUUUCGCCGCCUUGUCGUGAGCUGUCAUUUGCCACCAUAGUUCGUAUAUUUGUUGUUGUACAAAGUUGUGUGCCUCGCUAUUUGGUGUUUGUUGUAUUUUGUGUUAAGUGUUUUGUGUUUCCUUUUUCCUAUGAAGACGGGGGCCUUGCCACCGUCGUCGUUGUCCAUAACACCAAAAACAAAUUUCGUCGUAGUUGUCGUCGUCGUCGUCAAUUCCAUGAAAUUCAUAAUUAAAUUAAAAAAUCAUUAAACAACCAAAAAAAAAGGAACAACGAAAAAAUAUUCUAAAAAGAAACCCAGACCAUUAGUCAGAAGAAUAACUACAGUGUAACUGCCUGGCUGCCUCUAGGCAAGAGGGCAUUGAUCAUGAGUUUGUGAUAAAUAUAGUAAAACGAAACAAAAAUACAAAAUAAAACUAAGAAAUUACUUAUUACCAAAGAAUUAUAAGUUUCAUAAAAAUAGAAACUAAUCGUAUACAUAACGCCAAUUAAAUUCUAUUACUGCCAUUUGAAAACAACCUACGGCCCCGGCGGCCUUUGAUUGUGUGGUUGGCUGUGUGCACAAGUUAAUUAUAACCGUUAAAAUUCAAAUUUGAAUUUCCUGUCUUCCGCUGACAACCAAAACCAAAGAAAUCCCAAGUUUCCCUUUACCAUUACUGUUACUGUUACCUGUAAAAGCAACAUCUAAAGAUAUAUAUCACCCGCCCGCCAUCAUGUUUCUGCAUAGUUUUAAAUCUGCAUUUUCCACGGCUUCAUCUUCAUCAUCGUCCAACACCUCAUUACUUAUGGACACCUCCACAGUUGACCAAUUGAUGCGUUAUCGCAAUAGCACCGGUAACGCUAACACCACUCCCUCCAUCAAAACCUCGGCGACAAGUGGAGCUCAUGUUGAGGCUCUGAUUGCCCAUGCCGAAGAUGAUGAUGAACAUGAUGAUCAUCAUCUGUUGACCGAUUUGGAUAAUGUCGAUGCCAUUAUCAAUUAUGUGAUUAAAAUGCAAUACAUUUGUAGCGAACGACCUGCCAUUAUAGCGCCACCAGAAAGUGAAUGGUAUCAUGGACGUUUGGAUCGCUAUUCGGCUGAAUCACGUUUACGUGGAAGCAGCAAAGUGGGAAGCUAUUUGGUUCGCGAAAGUGAUCGCAAACCCGGUUCUUAUGUACUCAGCUAUUUUGGCCGUACUGGCAUUAAUCAUUUCCGGAUUACCGCCGUUUGUGGUGAUUUCUACAUUGGCGGUCGUCAAUUCAUCUCACUCAGCGAUUUAGUGGGUUACUACACCUCAUGCAGUGAUCUGCUAAAGCGUGAACGUCUGGUCUUUCCGGUGCCACCGCCAGAGCCUGUAAAUGAUAAAAAGCGAGUGGUGGCCAUAUUGCCCUACACCAAAAUGCCCGACACCGAUGAAUUGAGCUUCCAAAAAGGAGAUAUCUUUUUUGUGCACAAUGACAUGGGCGAUGGUUGGUUGUGGGUAACCGCUCAUCGUACUGGGGAACAGGGUAUGAUAUUUCGUGAGCUGGUGGAAGAUUUGGAUCCUGCCAUAGAUCCCAAUACAGUAUUUCCAUGGUUUCAUCCUAACUGCACCAAAAACGAAGCUGUUGAUAUGUUAGUAAAGGCUGGUCCUGGUAGUUUUUUGGUACGCCCCAGUGACAACUCACCUGGCGACUAUUCACUAUUUUUCCAUAUCAACAAUCAAAUACAACGUUUUCGCAUUGAAAAGAAGGGUGUGCGCUACCUCAUGGGAGGCCGCACAUUCGAGUGUCUGGAUGCUGUUAUCAAUCGCUAUCGCAAGGAACAGAUUGUCGAAGGCCAUUGCCUUAGUCAUCCGGUAGUGAAUGGCACUCAACCCGAAUACAGCCAACAGUAUGUGGUGGAGAAGGCUGCCGAAAAGAUCUAUGCGACUCUGAGAGAAUGUCGCGAUCAAAUCGGUCUUAAGAAAAUCAAAGGCAUAAAACACCAUGGUCACCUCAAUAAGAAGUCCGACAAGACUGCCAAAUGGAAGCAGUUGUACUUUGCCUUGAUCAGUGAAUGUUCCGAGACGCAUUUGUGCUUCUAUGACAAUCCCAAAAAGACUAAACCCAAAGGUCUCAUUGAUCUUUCGUGUGCUUAUCUCUAUCAAUGCCAUGAUUCAUUGUGGGAGCGUCCCUAUUGUUUUCAAAUUGUGGAAAGGGCUUUGCCCUGUUUGGCCACGGUAACCUAUCUGUGUGCGCCUAGUCAAGAGAGUUAUGUGGAAUGGAUAAAUGCACUGAAAGCACAGUGUGCCUCCCAGCUGAGCAAAGCACAAAAGAAGGUGCCGCGUUUGAGGGAGCUACGCAGCCUCACUUUGCAUAUUUUAGAAGCUCAUAGACUGCCAUUUAAAUUAGUGCCACAUCCCUAUUGUAGUAUUUCACUGAACCAAGUCAAAGUGGGCAAGACCAAGGUGAAGAUAGCGCCCGAUCCAGUGUGGGAGGAAGAGUUUGUUCUGGAUGAUGUCCCCCCAGAUGUAGUCUCUCUAACCAUAACCCUUAUAUCUCGCGGCAAACGUGGCAAGGACAGUGAGGUGGCCGAGUUGACCAUUGAUUUGGCCAGCUUGAAGAAUGGCCAUGAGACCGAAGAAUGGUAUCAACUCACCGGCAUGACUCCCAUGGGUGAAUGGGGUUCCCUGCGUUUACGUAUGCGUUAUUUAGAUGAUCUCAUUAUGCCAUGUGAAGAAUAUAGUCCACUGCAGCAGCUGCUGCUUGAACCCGAGCUGUACUCUGUCAAGGCUUUGGCCGAACUCUGCCACAAUGAUCGUGUGCCGCUGGCCACCUCCUUGUUGCGUGUCUUCCGCCAUGAGAAACGUGAAACCGAGCUGAUACGUGUCCUAUGCCAAGCGGAAAUAGCGCGAGAAAAUGAAACCACCACUUUAUUCCGUGGUGCCAGUCUGGCCACUACCCUAAUGGAUUUGUAUAUGCGCACAGAAUGUACGGGUUUCCUACAAGCGGCCAUUUCGGAGACCAUACAACGUAUUAUGGAUAGCAAACAAUCGGCUGAAUUGAAUCCCACAAAAAUGGAUGUUAACGAUGAUGCCUGCUCUAAUGCUGAGUUCCUUUUGCAAAUUCUCGAUUUGGUGACACAUUCGAUAUUCACCUCACCCGAGGCCUGUCCACGUUCGGUGCGUUUUAUAUGUAAUUGCUUGCAAAAGGCUGUGGUGGCCAAAUGGCCCACAGAACGUUUGGUGAGGACUCGUGUGGUGUCAGGCUUCAUUUUCUUGCGUUUGUUGUGUCCCUCGUUGCUGAAUCCACGUCAAUUUGGUUUGGUCAAUGAGACCCCACCGGCAGCGGCUACGAGAUCUUUGGUUAUGGUGGCAAAGUGCUUGCAGAACUUGGCGAAUUUAAUCGAAUUCGGUGGGAAGGAGCAAUACAUGGAGGUAGUCAAUCCCUUUAUACUCAAAAAUAAAGAACGCAUGAUAGUCUUUCUCGAUCAAUUAUCCAUGGUGACAGAUCCUAAUCCACCUCCAGGUUGGAAUUCUGAACAAAGCUCCAAUCAAUCUCCUCAAGAUACGGGUCGUGAACUUGCAACAUUGCAUCAUAUAUGUGUUUCAUAUUUACCGGAAUUGCAAGAAUUGUCAAAUAUACUCUCAAUUAAGAAAUUAGUUACUGUUACCGAUAUGCUUACAAAACAUAAACUUAAAUAUCGUGAAAUGAUUAGUUAAGCUAAACAAUGAAAUGAAACUAAUCAUAAUGAUGAAGAAGAACACACACACACAAACACAAAUAGAACGCAACAAGAACGAGAACAUUUAUAAUACGCUACAAGCCAAGUAACAAGAAAGGAACAAAACAAAUACACAAACAUACAUACAUACAUACAUAUGAAGAAAGACAUUUAACUGCCAUAAUGAUGAUGAAGAUAAAGGAUAUACAUAUAUGUGGCUAAAAUUGAAAAAUAGAUAUCACUGGAA